UCAUGGUUGCCUGCUAUCGAGGUUUCGAGAGUGUUGUGGCUUUGCUCAGCCGCUGCCCUUUCCUCGAUGUGAACCAGCAGGAUAAAGAAGGGGACACUGCCCUCAUGCUGGCUGCCCAAGCAGGCCAUGUGCCUCUGGUGAGUCUUCUGCUCAGCUAUUACCCGGGCCUGGACCUGGAGCGCCGAGACCAGCGGGGGCUAACAGCACUGAUGAAGGCCGCUGUGCGGAACCGUUCGGAAUGCGUGGCUGCCCUCCUCAUGGCAGGUGCUGACCUGACAGCGGUGGAUCCUCUUCGGGGCAAGACGGCCCUAGAGUGGGCACUGCUGACCGACAGCUUCGACACUGUGCAGAGGAUCCGGGCGCUGCUGCGGCGCCCCCAAAUAGAGCAGCUGAGCCAGCAUUACCAGCCCGAGUGGCCAGCCUUGCCUGGGCUUGUGGCUCAGGCCCAGGCCCAGGCCCAGGCUACCCCAUCUCUCCUAGAGCGACUGCAGGCCACUUUGAGCCUCCCCUUUGCCCAGUCUCCUCAGGAGGGGGGUGUCCUGGACCACCUCGUGACCAUCACGACCAGCCUGGCCAGUCCUUUCCUCACCACGGCCUGCCACACCCUGUGCCCUGACCGGCCACCAGCACUGGGCACCCGAAGCAAGUCUGUGCCAGAGCUGCUAGGCACUGCCCCACCCCCUCCCCCAGCCCCCCACCCCCCCCAGGUAGUCCCUGGCUCCCGGGUCCUCAUCCCCUACCAGAGCCGUCAGGGUGUGCUGAGUAUGUGCCCUCAGUGGCUACAGCCCAGGGACAGUAGCAGCCCCAGGCCCCCAACCCCCAAGAUCCGCCUCUCCAAGGCACCCUCAUCUUCCACACAGUACAAGCCAGAGCCCAGGCGCAGAGAUAAUCAAAGCCUAGACCUUCCUGUCUGGAGAUACCAGGAGCUCAGGAUGGAGAGGAAGAGGAGGGAGGAGGAGGAGGGUAGGUGAGCACAGAAUUAGAGGAAGAUGGAUGAGGCCAGGCUGAGAGCAGGUGAUCAGGUCCCUCCCUAAGGCUCCUUCACCCUCUAGAGCCCUUUCUGCUUUCCCAUUGCUCUCUGUACAAAUGCUUCUAUGCUCUCCUUGAGAGGUUAUUCAUAUGGCAUUGUUUGCAAUCAUCAGAGUGAAAACAACCUAAGUGUCCAUCAACUUAGCAAGGCAACUAGCUAAGUUCCUUAUGGGUGUGAUCAUAGUACAUCCAUAGGAUGUAUUCUGUACAGUGGUAAAACAAGGUUAAGGAAGCUUUGUAUGUUCUGAUAUGAAACUGUCUUCGAGAUGUAUUAAGCGUAAAUAAUCAAGGGGUGAAACAGCAUGAAUGGCGUGCUACUGUUUGUCAAGGGAAAAUGUGCACCGAGAUAAACUUGAUCCUGGUUUACGUUAUACAAACGUAUACUGAGUACCAGGGUGUAUUUAACUACGUAGUGAAUGAAGGAAUGAAGGAGGGAAAGGAAAAACCAUUAUCUGACCGUGGAGAGAAAAAUGCCUGAAUAAGAUUGGAAAGGCAGGUACAAAAAAGUUUAAUUCCUACUUAGCAA